AUGACGGGGCCCGGCCCGGCGGGGCUCUACGAGAGGUAUGUGACUCAGGCAAAAGAAGAGGCCAGGAAUGGAAAUCUGGAAGAGUCUCUUAAACUCUUCAAUCUUGCAAAUGAAAUUCAUCCCAGUGAAAAGCUGAGGAGCAGAAUCAAAAGGCUUGAGGAAACGCUUGCAGAGCUGGCACUUGCCACAGAGGAAGAGGAGGGAUUUGUGGAUGUAUGUAACAGUGGUCUAAUGAUCUAUGGAGAGAUGCACAACAAACUCUUUGAGUAUCAGAGAGAAGGUGUGGCCUUCCUAUACAGCCUCUACCGUGAUGGAAAGCAAGGAGGUAUAUUGGCAGAUGACAUGGGUUUGGGAAAGACUAUCCAGAUCAUUGCAUUCCUUUCUGGGAUGUUUGAUGCUGAACUCAUACAGUUUGUACUGCUAGUCAUGCCAACCACCCUUGUUAGCAACUGGAUGAGAGAGUUUGCCAAGUGGACUCCAGGACUGAGGGUGAAAGACUUUCAUGGCACCAGCAAGACUGAGCGUAACAGAAAACUAGAGAGAAUCCAAAGAAAGAAUGGCAUAGUGAUCACAACAUAUCAAAUGCUGAUCAAUAACUGGCAGCAGCUUUCUAGCCUUAGUGGACGAGAGUUUGUCUGGGACUAUAUUAUUCUUGAUGAAGCCCAUAAAAUUAAGUCCCCAUCUGCUAAAACCACUAAAUCUGUAUAUGCUAUUCCUGCAAAAAAUCGCAUCCUCCUCACAGGGACACCAGUCCAAAAUAAUCUGCGUGAGAUGUGGUCCUUGUUUGACUUUGCAUGUCAGGGGUCCCUCCUAGGAACAGCGAAGACCUUUAAAAUGGAAUAUGAGAAUCCUAUUACAAGGGCAAGGGAGAAAGAUGCGACUCCAGGAGAGAAAGCACUUGGACUUAAGAUCUCUGAAAAUCUAAUGACCAUUAUAAAACCAUACUUUCUCCGAAGAACUAAAGAAGACAUACAAAAGAAGUACAAGUCUGAUGAAGUGAAAACCCAUCUUCCUGAAGAUCAGAGUAAGAACAUUGCUCCUGUAAUGCCUUCUCUUACCAGGAAAAAUGACUUCAUUGUGUGGGUGUAUUUAGCACCAGUUCAAGAAGAAAUAUACAGGAACUUUCUCUCUUUGGAUCAUGUGAAGGAGGUGUUAAUGACAACACGGUCACCUUUGGCUGAGCUGAAUGUCUUAAAGAAACUAUGUGAUCACCCCAGGUUAUUGUCAGCACGAGCAUGUAGCCAGCUUGGCUUGGAAGGAGGUGGUUACUCUGAGCAGGAUGAUGAGAAUGAAGGGGAUGCAUUUUCAGGAGCUAACAAAAUUGAUCAUCUCUCUGAUGAGAUUCUGAUUCAGGAGUCUGGGAAAUUGCUGUUCCUCAUGGGACUUCUAGAAAGGCUGCAAGAGGAGGGGCAUAGAACUUUGGUAUUUUCUCAAUCAAGAAAAAUGCUAGAUAUCUUAGAGCGCAUUUUAACUCACAGAAAUUUUAGGACGAUGCGUAUUGAUGGAACAGUGACACACUUAGUGGAACGAGAGAGGAGGAUUGGUGUGUUUCAGAGUAAUAAGGAUUACUCUGUCUUUUUGCUUACUACACAAGUAGGUGGUGUUGGCAUAACCUUAACGGCAGCUAGCAGAGUGGUGAUCUUUGAUCCCAGUUGGAAUCCAGCUACUGAUGCCCAAGCUGUGGACAGAGCUUAUAGGAUUGGACAAAAAGAAAACGUAGUGAUUUAUAGGCUGAUUACCUGUGGUACAGUGGAAGAAAAAAUAUAUAGGCGACAAGUCUUCAAGGAUUCAUUAAUAAGACAAACUACUGGUGACAAAAAGAACCCAUUUAGGUAUUUCACUAAACAGGAAUUAAGGGAGCUCUUUACAUUAGGAGAUACUCGAACCUCUGCAACACAGAUUCAGCUGCAGUCCUUGCAUGCCACCCAAAGAAAGACUGACUUAGAGCUGGAUGAACAUAUUGCUUAUCUGCACUCACUGGAAAUGUUUGGCAUUUCAGAUCAUGACUUAAUGUAUACACGAGAAAUAGCUCAAGAAGAACAGGCUGAGAAUGAAGAAGCUCAUCAGUAUAUUAAACAAAGGGUACAGAAGGCCCAAGAGCUGGUCCAGUUCGAAUCUCAGCUCAAAGACCAAUUGAUGGGGAGAAUCAAAAGUGAUACUGAGGGAGCGUGGCUGAGACAACCAGUAUCGUCUUCCCAACCAAAAAAGAAAUCACCAGAGUUUAACACAAAUCACUUUAUUUCACCACCUGUAUUAGCUGAACCUGCAAAUGAUGAAGCUGUUGAUCUUACAGAGGAUGAAGAUGUUGCUAAUGUCAGUGCUAGAAUGACAAGUUUGGUUAUUGUGGAUUCAGGGGAAGAGAAGCCGGCACAGGAUGUGUCUAAUAUGGAUGUUAAUGAAUUACUUACUAGCAGUAAGGUAUUGAAACAAUCCAAUAUACAUGAACCUGAACAAAAACUUGAUCCAAAUUUUAUACUAUCUUCCCUUGGAGUUCACUCAUUUGCUAACAAAGAGAGUCAUAGUCCUGAAUCAAGAAGACACUCUAAUUGCUCACAUAGCAUAAACGAUGUCCAAAUUACCUCUUCACUGUUUUCACAACCUUCGUUUAAUGGAUCUGUCAUUGCCGAUGAUCCUAAAAGAUACAGAAAUGCAGAAAUGUCACUUCAAACUCAUGAUCCUCUUACUAACCCAAAAGAUGAUGGGAAUGAAAAUCCUGAGAUAGCUUCUCCAGUAGCAUCCAAAAGUCUAUUGAACGUCAUAUCAAAAUUCCCUAGUGGACUCCAGAAGUCUCAUGUGAGUGAAGCCAGCUUGGAGGCUACAUCUGUCGCAUCUUCUCAGUAUCAGGCUGAUUUCAAUCUUGUUUUGGAAGACUCUGAAGAUGGACAGCAAGACGUCUCAAAAAGGGGGAAAUUACUGGAGUACACAGAAAACACAGGCUUUCAUCUCCAAGUAGGAAACCGUGGCAGUUCUGCAAUGAAUUCUUGGGUAAGAGAACAUGAUGAUUUUGAGAAUUCCUGUAACGUAGCCAUGGAUAAUCUAAAUGACUCUAUACCAGUGAGUGAAGCCUUGAUGGAAAGUGGUGAUGACAUGCCUAUUGGCAAAAAGAAGCGGGCUCGAAGAAUUGUUUCUGAUAGUGAAGAUGAAGAUAAUUCAGUCAUGAUUUUGGAUGAAAAUCUGCUUGAAAAAAUGUUCUCACCCUUAAACAGCCCUCUAUGUCCAUCUCUGAUGGGGAUUACUUCAUCUACUCCCAAAUGUGAUAGAUCUAUAGUAGACCCCAUUUUUUCCCCAAGAGGAAACAGGUCUACAGCUUCUAGAAGAUCUCUUAUUAAUGUAGUGUUGGACCAGGUUGAGGAUAUUGAAGAAACCAUAGGAGUUCUCAGCCAAAGAGAGGAUAGUGAUGAGGUGCAAGAAGAACUUGUGGUAGAAGAAGCUGAAGAGCAUAGUGUGGAGUCUGUGGAGCCUGAGGAAGAACCUAUUGGAGAAACACUUGAUACAGAAAGUACAACCAGUUAUUUAGAUGAUACAGAGUCUGUCAUAUCUGAGGCAGAUGAAAUUGAGGAAGAGCCUCAAGAGGAAUCUACUGGUGAUCCUGAGCUGCUAUCUGGUGAGCAAAUGGACUGUUUUUCAAAGGAGAGUGCAGGCCAGAAAGAUAAUCAGACUACUGUGGAUUCUCUUCAUGCACCAGAUAAUUAUGAUGCCCUGAUAGAAUGUGGGAAGAAACUGAGAGACAAUGGAAAACUACAAGAUGCAUUGAACUGUUUCCUGCAAGCUCUUGACAUAAAAAAUGGAGAUCCUGAAGUUAUGCUUAUAACCUUAAAUUUGUAUAAACAACUAUCACAGAGUUGA